CGGAGCGGUGGGAGGUUUUCAAUCUGUGGCGUGCACUCUGUGGCUGGAAGAGGCGCGGUUCGUAUCAGCGUCUGCGUAUUAAACUUCACACGGAGAAACCUCGAGAAACUGCAGAGAAAUGGCGGAGGCCCACCAGGCAGUGGCAUUCCAGUUCACCAUAACACCAGAGGGCAUCGAUCUGCAGCUGUCCUACCAGGCGCUGAACCAGAUCUACCUGUCUGGACUACGAUCCUGGAAGAAGCGAGUCAGCCGCUUGAGGAACAGUCUGAUUAAAGGCGUGUACCCCGCCAGCCCGUCAUCCUGGCUCUUCGUUGCCAUAGGAAUCCUGGCCACCAUGUACAUGCAGUCGGAUCCCAGCAUGGGGCUCAUCACCAAGAUACAGCAGCACCUGCCGCUAAGGUACACAACGGCAAUGUCAGUGGCAAAUGACCGUCUAAAACAGUCUGCCCUCUUUGACCUCUUCUUUCAGCCUCUGGUGAGGUUGCUGUCAAGCAGGAAGCCUUUGCUGUACAGCUAUCAGUCGUCUCUACCUCACCUUCCCGUUCCAGCCAUCCAAGACACAGUGAUCAGGUACUUGGAGUCGGUGCGCCCUCUGCUGACGGACCCGGAGUUUAAACGCAUGUCAGACCUGGCCAAUGAGUUUGAGUCGAAUCUGGGGAACCGCCUCCAACGCUACCUGAAACUUAAAGCUCUGUGGGCCACCAACUAUAGCCGCGUUCCGGGUACCGUCAUCCCCCUGUGUGCUGCUCAGUGUGAGAGGAUGUUCAACACAACACGCACACCAGGAGUCGAGACUGGUAACAAACACACACAUACUCAGAGGGUCUCUGCAAGCAUACAGAGGGGGUACUCUGAGAGGGUCCAAGAUGACAACUUUGGAAUUCUACUAGAAACAGUCGAUUUACCCGUGAGCAAAACAAUGAUUUAUAAUAUAUCCAUGUCAUCUCCUCCCAGAAUCCCUUGGGCUCAGAUGAGGAAGCAGUACUUCAGCUCCGGGGUCAACAAGAGAUCGCUGGAUACCAUUGAGAGGGCGGCCUUCUUUGUAACCUUGGAUGACGAGGAGCAAGGCAUGAGGGGAGAUGACCCAGAGGGGAACUUAGACAACUACGCCAAGUCUCUGCUUCAUGGAAAAUGUUAUGACAGGUGGUUUGAUAAAUCCUUCUCCGUUGUGAUCUACAAGAAUGGGAAGAGCGGGCUGAAUGCAGAGCACUCCUGGGCUGAUGCACCAACUGUAGCGCAUCUUUGGGAGUACACGCUGGCCACAGAUGCCUUUCAGCUAGGCUACACCGAGGACGGCCACUGUAAAGGCGAUGUGGAGCCUUCUCUACCCCAACCUCAGAGACUUGCCUGGAACAUCCCGGCAGAGGUUCAGGCUCAGGUCAGCAGUUCUCUAGCUGUUGCACAGGCGCUGGCAGAUGAUGUUGACUGUCACGUGUUUCCAUUCAGAGAGUUUGGCAAAGGACGGAUCAAGAAAUGCCGGAUCAGCCCAGACGCCUUCAUCCAGAUCAGCUUACAACUGGCAUAUUACAGGGAUCGCGGUGGCUUUUGUCUGACUUACGAGGCAUCGAUGACCCGUCUGUUCAGGGAAGGCCGGACAGAGACUGUGCGCUCCUGCUCCAACGACAGCUGUGCUUUCAUCAAAGCUCUGGAGAGUGGAGAGACGGAGGAGGAAUGCAGACGCCUUUUCGAACUGGCUUCUGAGAGACACCAGAACCUUUAUCGGAUGGCUAUGACCGGAGCAGGAAUCGACAGACAUCUCUUCUGCCUUUACGUAGUCUCCAAAUACUUGGGAGUGGAGUCGCCUUUCCUCAAAGAAGUUCUGUCUGAGCCUUGGCGUCUCUCCACCAGUCAGACUCCAGUUCAGCAGAUGAAUCUGUUCGACCUGAAGAACCACCCAGAUUUCAUCUCGCUUGGUGGGGGCUUUGGACCUGUCGCUGACGAUGGUUAUGGAGUUUCAUACAUCAUCGUGGGUGAAGAUAUGGUCAACUUCCACGUGUCUUCCAAACACUCCUGCAGUCAGACUGACUCUCACAGGUUUGGAGUUCAGAUAAGUAAGGCUAUGCAGGACAUCAUGGCUCUUCUCUCAGCUGAUCCCAAAACCUCCUCGUCAUCCAAAGGCACAGACCAUCCACAGUCCAAGAAGCUCCAGUAAAAAAAAGCGAACGAAAGUCGGAGCAAACAACAGAGAGCUUGUUUCAGAGAUACAGAUCUCUUUUGUCUUCUGCGGUCUUUAGACACAAACAUUUACAGGCCAGCAGAUUAACAUAAUUACUGUUGUUGUUCUUUUUUUAAAACCUCCCACUGACAAAAGAUAAGCCACGACGCUCCCGUACCUCAUCCAUUGGGAAGCCUCUUGUGCAUCAGCACUAAACACACAAACCUUCUUGUAUUCUGAACUUUAAUAAUUCAACUUUUUAAAGUUUUCUGUCAGAAUAUGAAAAUCUGUGAUCAGCAAAAUAUAUAUUUAUAUGUUGGAAAAAAAUGGGGCAGAUGUUUGGAGGCAGAGAAAGUGAGACAGAUGUCCCUGAUAACUGGAAAGCAUUAAGACGCCCUUAAUCUCACUAAAAGUGAAGAGCGCACUGACACCAUUCAUUACAACAUUAUGUUGGAGGUUACUGUGCAUGUUGGGCUUUGUUAAAGUCAGCGGACACAGCAAAGGAAAAAGGACGUUCUGGCCAAAUUGCACUCCUUUAUUUCUUUAUUUGCGGUUUAUCAGCUGGGAGUGAUGGUUUCCAGUGA